UUAAACCCGCCUGGAAUUGCCGUUGUCGGUUUUAUUGUCCUCUGAUAAAGAACCGAAGUAACAGAGUCUCUCUCUCUUGUAGGGUUUUCUGUUCACCUCGCUCUCUAUAUCUCACUGUUAACUAGCUCGCUCGACGGCCCGAAUUUAAGAGUUAAGAGUAGUGAUGUCUAGCGAAGAAGAAUCUAUAGAGCAAGCGGCUGCAGCGCGUCGAGAGAGGCUGAGAGCCCUAAGAGCUGCUCAGGACCUUCUUAACACUCCGGAUGAGGACUCUGGUCAAGUCGAGGAUAAUGGAACUAAUGAUGAAGAAAACAGUCUCAACAUGAAAUUUCGUAAUUAUGUUCCUCAUGACAAGCAACUUCAGGAAGGUAAGCUCGCCCCACCAGUGCUCCCAAAGUUUGAAGACCCUGUUGCAGCAGCACCUCCACCGGAGGAGAAGAAAGAGGAUCCAUUUGUAAACAUUGCUCCAAAAAAACCAAACUGGGACCUUCGGAGGGAUGUACAAAAGAAGCUUGAUAAGCUUGAGAAACGCACACAGAAGGCGAUAUUUCAACUAAUGGAGGAACAAGAAAAGGAAAAACUGGUUGAAGCCAGUGGCAGUAGUGGCGUGGAUGAUUGAAAGCAGAAUUCAUGCAAAUGAAUAUAAGUUGAGCAGGUACUAUCAGUAUGUUAACACCCUAUUUGACCUCAAAGAGUGACUUAGAAUGCAGUUCAUUGGAAGAACCAAAUGUUGCAAUUGGCUUUACUACUGAAUUAGUGAACAAUAGAAAUACUGGUCAUCAUUGGGCUUGGUGAAAAGUGCGAGGAAAUUUUGGGAUGAUAUCGUGAAAAGUGAUUGUUGUUCUGUAACCAAAUUGUAAUGACUAUGUCUUGAUGGCAUAGAUGAAUAGAUCGGUGUGUGUGGUUAGUCCGUCUUUUUAUAAGAGAAAUAUAUAUAUAUUUUCCUUUUUUUUUU